AUGUUUGGGACACUGGCGGAAGACGGCUCCAGACCGUCUUCAGAGAGGGCAAAAUGCAGCGGGAUUCAUAAGAAAAUGACCCAGUGGCUUUUUUUGGAGGAGAUGGCAUUCGUGAAAGACGCACUGGAAACCCUGCAGGCCUUAUCUCUCUUUCUCCAGAGGAGAGACGCAACAGCAGUCACUGCCAACACUGAAGUGGACGUUGCUGUGAGAGCGCUUGGAGCCAUGAGACAAGUGGAUGGCACAAGCGCAAAACGCCUACAUGGGGAAUACGAGGCUUCAGAAACGUUCAAAGGAGUCAAUGUGUCUCAACCAAGCGACAGAGAUAAAAGAAAGGCAGAGGUCUUUCGCGAAGGUUUUUAUACGUCACUCGCAGAGAACAUUCAGCGCAGGCUUGAUGACAAUGGCAUUAUUUCUGCCUCUGCCGCUCUGAACCCGUCCAAUUGGCCACCUGACGAGGAUGAGCGUAUUCUCUAUGGAGACGAGAAGCUGCUCGCGAUCCAAAAAAAACUUGCUGUCGACAUCGGAGAAAGCAAUGCCAUCCUCUUAAAAGAAUUCCACGAGCUCAAAUGCCAUGGGAUCACAGGUAAAGCAACUGUCUAUUCUAAGCAGUAA